CGAGCGCUCUUUAUUCUCUCCAUAAACAGUGUGAAAAACUGGGCAUGAUGGCAGUCAAUGAACUAAAGAGCUACACUGAGAGCAACAAUUGUAUCUUGAUGAAGCACCACUUCAGAGACAGCAAGCUCGUAAUUGAUGGAUGCAAUUUAUACCACACUCUUUACUUCACCUGUCACUUGGAUCAAGAACACGGCGGAGAAUAUGAUGCUUUUGAGAAAGAGGUCAGUCGUUUCUUUAGGAACCUCAGAGAAUGCGCCAUUAAGCCCUACGUUGUGCUCAGUGGAGAGGAUGACAUCAGUGACAAAAUGUUUGGUGCCCUGAAGAAAAGAGCUAAUAUCAGAAUCAAAAAGGCUCAUUCCUUGUCCAGAGGGUGUCCACGAAAUGUCCUACCAAUCCUCAUCAAGACCGUGUUCAUUCAGCUCCUCAGGAAGCUCAAGGUGCCAUUUAUUCAGUGUGUUGCCAAGGCCAACUGGGAGGCCGCAGCUUUGGCCAACGAGUGGAACUGCCCGGUUCUGUCCAACAGCACUGAGUUCUACAUAUAUGACAUCAAGGGAGGGUUUUUACCCCUGUAUCGUUUCCAUUGGAGGAACGUGACUUUGACCAAGAGGUCAGACAAAAAAUUCAUUCCAGCCAAAUUGUUUUCAGUUGAAAAACUUUGUAGCACUUUCAGCUGCAUGAACAAACAACUUCUCCCUAUUUUGGCCACCAUGUUGGGCAUCAACAACACUGAGCUGGACAGAGGAAUGUUUCCAAACUGGGCAGAGUUCUCAGUUAGUGCUGAAGAGAUCAGGUAUGUCGAUGGCUUACUCAGGUGGCUGUCCUGCUUUGAGGGCCCAGUAGAGGUCAUUUGUGCCCUCAUGGGCUGCAUCAUGAACCCAGAUAAUUCGGCUACUGUCAUCAAAGCCCUCACUGAAGGACUUCAGGUCUACAGUCUCGCUCCAAGCUCCAUAGCUAAGUUCUUCAUAAGUGAGAAAACACAGAGCAGGCUUCCAGGUCCUUUACAGAGCCUGCCUGAAUGGACCCUCAAGCCGUUGGCCAAGGGCAAGCUCAACUCCAUGAUCACUGAUAUCCUAGCAACGCAGAGGAUUAUUCUAAAAGUUUCCAUUGAGAAUUUUCAGCACUGCAGCAGCAAUCUGGCCUCCCGGCCCAUACGACAGGUCAUUUACGGCUUACUGCAGUGCACCAGGCAGAAAAACAGUAGCAGGGACGACUUACCUGAAGCAGAGGUAGAGGAGUACGACCGGGAGGGGCUAAAGUUAACCAGCUUCAGGGUUGCAGCAGUCCUUCCAAGCCUGGCCAUUUCAGACCUUCACCUGGAGACACUGUGGGAGACAUCCUGGCAUUUGCGGCUCCAGAUUUUCUUGGACACUUUGGGCGUUUCGCAAGUCCCCGAGCGGCUCCAUGUGCUUCCCAGCCUGCAGCUAGCUGUGUAUGUCACAUGCUACUGGCUGAAACACGCACAGCCUGAGCCCAGACCAGAAUUCUUCUGGGCCUUGCUGGUUGGCCUGGUGUAUGGAGAGCUGUCCAGAGAUCCACUCACAGAGAAAGCCGUGCCAAAAAGACUGAAGAACCUGAAAAGCCGUAAAGAGGAGACUCCUCUGGACCUGGAGGCAGCUCACGCUUACAGUCAGUGGCAGGGCAGUCUGAGGGACAGUAUCUGCCUCAGUCAGCUGCUGGGCAACCCAGUGUCUGAACCAGAAUACGCAUGGUUGUACAGUGGGGUGCUGGUACAUGCCGUAACCCGGGAGCUGAAGAAGGGUGUCAGUCCAGAAUCCCUGCUGGCCAGAGCCCCUCAAGCUCGGCAGCUCUACCAGCAGCUGAGGGAAGCAGUGGAGCUCGAGUUGGAUGAUGACAUGAAGACGAGGCUCAGAGCAGGCAGAGAGAGGCCAAGCGACAGUCCAGCAGGUGAGAAAUGUGCAGACGACCUGAUCACCAUGUUUGAGCAUCUGAUGGGCAGAGAAGAGGAGGAUGACGAAGAUCCCCGUGGGAGAAGGAAGAAGAGCGAGGGCAGUAAACGUGAGGAUGAGAUGUACGAGCAAACCUGCAGCAUUCGCACCAGACACAGAAGUAGAUCUCAUAAAACUGACCCCAGAGCCAAGAAAUACCAGAACUCCUGCUGGGAGUGAAACCUGGAGGCCAGCCAGAAGUGUCCCCAACUGACUGACUGACCAAUGAGAAACCAGUUUACUUUUGUUGUUUACUACUCACAUCAUUCGCAGUUUAUUUUUUGAUUCAACCCAUAUGAAAAUAUUCCUAUUACAUCACUACGGCUCUGAUUUUAACCAAUCAUGUGUUUUUUAAUUCAUAUAUUGGACUGAGUGGCACUUUAAGGAUGUAAAUUAAGCUAAAUUUUGUAUAAAUAUAUAGAUAUUAUAUUUUUAUAAGUGUUAAUACUAGCAAAUUAUUUGAUGAUUCUCUCAAUGAAGGAUUAUUUAUGGUGUCAGUGUUUGACCAAGAGUUAUUACUGUUUUCAUGAUCACUAUGUAUGCAAUAAAAUCUGUGGCAGGAAUGAGACAAACUAUCAUAGCAAUGCAACUUACUAUUGUUUUCAAAUGUUCUAAUUUUAAAACAAAUAAUUGGCUCUAUUUGACCCUAUGGAUAUAUGAACUCAUCUUAGCAUUUGUUGAAUAAAAAAAUAUAAUAAAUUGAGUAAAUUUGGGCUAAACCAAAUAGCUAGUGAAGAUCUGGAGCCUGAGCUGUGCUCUGCCAUGUGUUCGGAUAAAUAUCCAUAACUGCUCAGCAGUGACCACAACUACUGGACAGUAGGAGUUCGUAAAUGUCAACACUCACCUCUAAAACUGCUAAAUUCUGCUAGAUCCCCUAUGGGACUUCUAAUGGUAUGUUAGCAAUAAGCUAAUGUGAAUUCACACUACAUAUUUUUGGAUGCUCUAGAUUAAACACAGAUUUUUGAAGCUUGUAAAAGACAUUUAAUAUAUUUUAUCACAUGUUUGUAACAGACAUUGUCAUACAUCUGAGUUUGUAUGUAUCAGUGUUACAGUGACUCAGUAAAGUCCUGACAUAGAGCUGAUGCCACUGUUUUACAUUCCUAACAACUACCUGAAACACUGCUUAGACUGUGGUUCGUAUUCCCAGUGUUGUAUCUAGAACUUGGUUGUAUCUACUCAGAUACCACAGAGAAAUAAUCCUGAUUGGAUCAUUUUUCCUUCACCCUACACUAUACCAAUAAGGGUCC